AGCUCUCAUCUGACGCUGUGAGUGAGAGGGCAAACAAAAACGCCACGAAUCCAACCGACCUCACCGAGAACGCUCGUCGUGUUUAUUUCGGAAUUCGUCCCAUAGUGCUUUGGGUGUGUCGCUAGAAGAAAAUAAAAAAGUCAUCAUGUCCGGACAGCAGUAUUACCCGUACAAGUGUACCCCCACGGUAUACCCCGCGGAGCCCUUCGACCCGGCCGCGGAUGCCGAAACCCUUCGCAAGGCGAUGAAAGGGUUUGGCACCGAUGAAAAGGCAAUCAUCGACGUGCUCUGUCGUCGCGGCAUCGUCCAGCGUCUCGAGAUCGCGGAAACCUUCAAGACUAACUAUGGAAAGGACCUCAUCAGCGAAUUGAAAAGCGAACUCACGGGAAACCUCGAAAACGUCAUUGUAGCUCUUAUGACCCCUCUACCUCACUUCUACGCCAAGGAACUGCACGACGCGGUUGCCGGGCUCGGCACUGAUGAAGAAGCCAUCAUCGAGAUCCUAUGCACCCUUUCGAACUACGGCAUUCGCACCAUCUCUGCUUUCUACGAACAAUUAUAUGGAAAGAGCCUAGAAUCAGAUCUCAAGGGUGACACAUCAGGCCACUUCAAACGUCUCUGCGUAUCGCUAUGCAUGGCCAACCGUGACGAGAACGCGGGCGUCGACGAGGGAGCCGCCAAAGCUGACGCUGAAGCCUUAGCAGCAGCGGGAGAAGGCCAGUGGGGCACCGAAGAAUCCGUCUUCAAUUCCAUCCUUAUCACACGCUCUUACCAACAGUUAAGACAGGUGUUCGCUGAAUUUGAAGCGUUAACAGGCAAAGACAUCGAAGAGUCUAUCAAGAAGGAAUUCUCUGGAAGCGUAGAGAAAGGCAUGCUUGCUAUUGUUAAAUGCGUUAAGAGCAAAGUUGGGUUCUUCGCUGAGCGCCUCUACUACUCCAUGAAGGGAAUGGGCACCAACGAUAAGACCCUCAUCAGGAUCGUAGUCAGUCGCUCAGAGAUCGACCUUGGGGAUAUCAAACAGGCAUUCCUUGACAAAUACGGCAAACCCUUGGAGGAAUGGAUCGCUGGCGACACAUCCGGAGAUUACAAGAAGGCUUUACUGACGCUUGUUGACUAGAUUAUUCACGGACGAUCAGGAUCGCAACGAACCAACUAGUUUUUAUUGUUCUCAAUUAUUUUUGUCAAUUGUUAGGCUCUUAAAUGCUAGGGUACACAAGCACUGAAAACAAAAUAAGCCCCAAUGACAUUUAUAAAUAAAAAACCAAGGUUUACAGUCCCUAAGUUGCCAAGUGCUAUAAUAAAAGUAUAACGCACAUUUCAUUACAAACAAAAUAAAUGCGAAUUCAUUAUUAAUACCUAAUUAUUAUGAUCUUGUUUUUGGAAAUUUUCGAGAAUUAUUUGAAUAAAUUAUACGAAAAGAAGUCAUUCUAACGAAAGUUAUAAGUCAUUGUGUAUCUUGGUUAUUUAAAACAUCAACCCUUCACAUAGGUACAGAUAAAAGUCUCAAACUCAUCACAAACAUUACAGAAUAUUUUGUCUUCAGUGUGCCAUACCUUGGGUUAUCCAAGCGGGGUGUAAAUUUUAUUUCCUAAAGAUCUGUAUAUUUUGCUUCCUAUUUUUUCAUAGUCAUGUCAUUUUCUUUGCACAGUAGAUAACAGCUUUUAGACGUGAGUGCAUGGUGGCUGGUAUAUACCUCAAGUUGGAGGAUGCUUUUUUUACAAGUAGUUGUUGCCAUUUUUCAGGAGGAGGUUAAUGGUUCACUCGGUCAUCUCCUGUCUGCCAUGGCUUACUAAGCCUACUACAGACAUAAAAGACACAAUUUACACGCGCCAUGCUACCUUGCAUAACCUGUGUGGUGUGAUUAUUUAAUCUGUACCCUAUUUACAUUCUUUGAAUGGUACGAUUUAGUUACUGUUGCAUUUUAAAACGUUUAUUGUAAGUUAUGUUAAUUAAAUUAAUACACAAAUAUUGAAUUUAUGAAUUGUAAUCUCAUGCUAAUCUCGAUUGCACGCUGUGUGAUGUAUCAAUAGAAAUUAUGGGCCAGUUUCGUUUUUUUUUGUUACUUUUGCAACCGCUACAGUGUUGGUUUUCGAUAUCUUUACAGGACGAUCUAGAUGGUGAUUUCAAGAGAGUACUAGUCACACUUUGUGCUUAAGUCCUGCAAAAUAAUUUAUGUAUUGUUUGCGUAUAAAUUAUUUUUUUACUUACAUAUAUCUAAGCAAUGCAUGUUUACAAAUAGUACUAUAACAGAUAUGAAUGUAAUAUUUUGCAGGAUGAUACGAAAGGAGACUACAAACGGGUGUUACUCGCUAUUGUUUCUUAAGAAAAAGCAUAAUAAGACUUCAAAAUGAAAGAAUGUUUGUAUUGCACUUGCAAAGCUAAGUUCCGAUAUGAAACUGCCUUUAUAUAACUGUUGAGAUGUUGUAGAAAUAAAAGCUUGAUAUUUUUGUGAAAAUGAGAUAUUUAUUGGUGCUGUAGUUUUGUUUACGAUGUAUUAUAUAUAUUUGAAUACAUUAUUAAUAAAACUAUGUAUGUUCCA